UAACUACUAGCAAGAUCAUGUAGGCCUAAAUCGGUUGAAAAAAUAUUUUUGAAACGCCCGUUUCGUUCUGCAGACAUUCUAACAGCGGGGCGGAGCCCUCUCCGGACAACACUCCAGCAACAACGCCAUAAUCGAUGCAGCGCACUAUUAAAAUCAUUCUUAUGGGACAUUUUCAAGAUAAGUACAUCUUUUAGAGCAUCAAGUGAAUAUUUUGAACACGUAGCCUAUAACGUUUACAGUGGAAUCUGUCGAACCAACAGAGGACAAGUGAAUUACGGCAAAAGGACAUCGUUAAUAAAACAGUGUGAUCAGUCAUGGAGGGUCUGUGUCGUGCUAACAGUCUCUUCGCUCUGGAUCUCUAUCGGGCUCUGAGCGAGAGCAACGCUGCGGGAAACAUGUUCUUUUCUCCCCUGAGCAUCAGCGCAGCGCUCAGCAUGGUCUACUUGGGAGCCCGAGGAGACACUGCCAAAGAAAUGGAAAAGGUUUUGUCCUUCCGUUCUGUCUCUGAUGUUCACUCUCAUUUUGAGAGACUCGCCUCAACUAUCAACAAACCAUCAGCCUCCUACAUCCUCAAACUGGCCAGCCGCCUCUACGGAGAGAAAACCUUCAAGUUCUUAACUGAGUAUUUGGACUCCACUCUGAAGCUGUACCAUGCUGACCUUCAGGCUGUGGACUUCAUUGGAGAAUCUGAUAAGUCACGACAGCUCAUUAACAAAUGGGUGGAAGAGCAGACAGAGAGUGAGAAGUUAUAUGAGAAAGUUUUUUGGAUAAAAGAUAAAAUUAAAGAUCUCCUUCAGUUUGGUGUGAUAAAUGAGCUGACCCGGCUAGUUCUUGUUAAUGCCAUCUACUUCAAAGGGACCUGGAUGUACACAUUUGAAGCAUUUAACACUAGAGAAAUGCCAUUUAAAAUAAACCAGAAUGAGCAUCGGCCUGUGCAAAUGAUGUACCAGAAAGAAAUGUUUCCCUUCAGAGACAUCCCAGAGUAUGAACUGCAGGUGCUGGAGUUACCAUAUAAAAAGGAGGAGCUCAGUAUGUUGAUCCUUCUUCCAAACGAAACUCAGGAUGGCUCUGAUAAUCUUCUAAAGCUGGAGAGCGAGUUGACCCUUGACAAGCUGCUUGAUUGGACCAAAAGAGACAAAAUGUCCAUGCAUAUGGAUAUUGAAGUCCAUCUGCCAAAGUUCAAGUUGGAAGUUGAGACAUCCCUAUCAAAAAAACUGCAAGAGAUGGGUAUGAGCUCUGUGUUUCAGGACACAAAGUCUGAUCUGACAGGCAUGAGCAGACAAAGUGGGCUCUUCAUUUCAGCAGUGAUCCACAAAGCUUUUAUUGAGGUGAAUGAAGAAGGCACAGAGGCAGCAGCAGCCACUGCAGUCAUGGUAGAGUGUGACAGUUUUGUCAACUUUCAAAGUUUCACGGCAGAUCACCCCUUCUUGUUCUUCAUCAGGCACAACCCCACUAACAGCAUCCUCUUCCUUGGCAGAUUCAGAGGUCCAUCCUAGAAAUGUUACACACAAAUUAAGAAAUGUGUGAUUCUUUGAAUGUUUAUUAAACAAAUAUAUCACACCAUAUACAUGCAUGUCUUCUAAACUUCCAGCUCACUUAUAGAAAUCUACAUUCUGAAUGUCAAGGAAUCUGCUUUUAGCCUACUGUAACUUCUUGAGUCAGUGAUAGGAUGGGUUGUAAUGAAGAGGUGUUUAAGUCUGUUGUUGCCCAUAGUCACACCAUAAAUACACCACACCAAACUAAAUUCCUGGAUGGCCACAUUUCUGCAGUGUUUAACUCCAACCAGCUCCAAAUCACACCUGCUUGGACGUUUCUAAUGAUCCUGAAGACCUUAGCUGAACUCUGCAGGAAAAUUGGACCUUAAGGGCCAGAGUUGAGGACCCCGGUAGUAUUAUACUAGUAUCUAAAAAAAUAAGUACUCCAUGAAUAACUACUAGUAUAUCAUCAGUUAAGCUUCACAGACCAUAUUGCUACAACGACCCGGUCCUGCAGAUUUGCCUUAUACAACAUUAGGAAGUUUAGACCCUUCCUGUCAGAGCAAGCCACCCAACUUCUUGUCCAAGCUCAUGUUCUCUCCAGACUGGAUUAUUGUAAUGCUCUCCUGGCGGGCCUUCCUGCAUGUACUAUCAAGCCUCUGCAACUGAUUCAAAAUGCAGCAGUGAGGGUUGUCUUCAAUGAGCCAAAAUGCUCCCAUUACUCCUCUUCUCAUCAGGUUACACUGGCUACCAGUAGCCGCUCGCAUCAAGGGACCGAUGCUUGCCUACAAGACGACCACUGGCAUGGCACCAACAUACCUAAACUUACUAGUUCAGUCUUAUGUGCCCUCCAGAAGUUUGCACUCUGCAAGUGAAAGACACCUUGUGAUGCCAUCCCAAAGAAGUUCAAAAUCACCUUCACUGACUUUUUCCUGGACUGUGCCCAGCUGGUGGAAUGACCUCCCAAUCUCAACUCGAGUCUUUACUCAUUUUCAAAAAACAUCCAAAGACUCAUCUUUUAGCCAGCUCUUGACCAACUAAUACUAGCACUUACAUUUUCUUUUCUUGUCUUUCAUAUUCUUAUAUUUAAAAAAGAGGUGGGGCUAUGUGUUCUGUACUAGACUAACUGAAACUUGUCAUGGCACUUGUAUACUGUUGUUGUUCUCUUGUUGAUCUGAUUGCUUCUAUUGUUCUUAUAUGUAAGUCGCUUUGGAUAAAAGUGUUUGUUAAAUGAUUAAAUGUAAAUAUCAAAUAUAUGGAAACACUUUAGAUUAGGGAACACAAUUCACUAUUAACUAGUUCUUUAUUAUCAUGCAUAUUACUAGUAUAUUGGCUGCUUAUUAGAACUUAUGAAGCACAUUAAGGUCUGAUUCUGCAUGGCCAUAUUCUAGAUCCCUUAAUACGACCCUAUACCUUAACAUACUUCAACAACUACCUUAUUAUCAAUAUAGCUACAGCAAAUGAGUUAAUAGUAAAUAGCCUGUGUUCCCUAAUCUAAAGUGUUACCAAAAUGAUGUACUAGUCACAAUUGGAAUAGGCUACUGUAAUUUAAAUAGUAGUCAGAACUGAAUAGCUGAAAUCAGAAAGGCAGAUCCCCGUAGAAAUCACUGGCAAAAAUGUAAAUGUCAUUAACACUGGUUCUUUAUUUACCUCCGAAAGAGAGACUAAUGUGAAGUCAAAAGUAUAGCCUAUAAUUUAAAGCAACUGUAUAGUUUUGGUGCCCUCUAUAGUACAUAAUUAUGUAUUAUUGAUAUGACAGAUGUAAUAAAGGGUAAAAUUAAGAAGGAAGUGAAACCUU